AUGAGUCCCCGUGGGGGCGUGGCCGUCACUCACCCGCGGGCCCCGCCCUGCUCACUCGCGCCCGCGCUCCCUGCGAGGAGGGCGAUGGCGACCCCGCGCGUCCCCGCCCCGGACCCCGCGCUGCUGCUGCUGCUCUGCGUCCUCGCCGCCUGCCACGCCCGGCCCGAGCCGGUUCCCGGUGACGUCACGUGGGGAUGCGGGGCGGGGGAGGAAUCGCGGGGGGCGUGGCCCAGCGUCGGGGGUAUCAGUGCGCAUAGCCACGCCCCCGUCCAUGGGGGGGAACCCCGGUCCGCUCACACGCAAACAGCGCCGCGGAACAAACAAGUUUAUUUCGGUUUGAAGUUUAAAACUUUUGGGAGCAGCGAGCCCAGGCUGCGCCGGCUCAGGCAGGCGACGGCGGCGACUUCGACCUCGCGGACGCGCUGGACGAGCCGGAUCCCACGCCGAAGCCGGGUGGCGGCCUCUACCCCGCGCUCCCGCAGGACCCGCCCUCCGCCGGGGACGCUCACGGAGGCGGAAGCGUGUAUCCGCCGCCGAGGCCGCGCCCGCAGCCACGCCCACAGCCCCGACCGGAGCCACGCCCUCAUCCCAGUGAUCUGGACGGAUUCGGAGGAAGCGCAGGCAUCGGCGGACACGGGGAUCCCCACGGCGGAAGUCGCCCCGAGGAGCACGGAGGCGGGCAGGGCGGCGCCGUGGCCUCCAUUGUGUCCCCCGUGGUUUCCGCCGUUGUUCUCGCCAUCGUGGGCGCGGCCGUCGGCUACUUCCGGUCCCGCCGCGGGGGCGGGGCCUGCAUGCGGGGCCGCGAGUCGUCAGCCCCGGUUUGAUGCGGAUGAUGACGUUAUGAUGACCUCAGGAAGUCACGCCCCCGUCGCGGGACGUCAACAAUGUCAUCAGGACGGGGCGGGGCUGAGCUCGGUCCGGGGUAUGGAACUGCCUUGUGUGCGGGACUUCCGGGAGGACGUGGCCCCGGAAUAAAGCGACAACCGGAAGUUCUCUCCCAUGA